AUGGAUAUUCACUACACGGGCAAUUCUUGUACAUCAGCCAUCACAACAGAGAAACUACGUGACUCUUUCGCCACUCAUGGGUUGCCGGAUACAUUAGUGUCUGACAAUGGACUUUGUUUUGUGUCACAGCAGUUUGAAGGAUUUAUGAAGGGCAGCGGUAUUAGGCAUGUUCGGACAGCACCCUAUCAUUCCGCCUCUAAUGGCCUUGCAGAGAGGGCAGUACAGUCGUUUAAAGCUGGCAUGCGGAAGCAAUCAUCAGGGUCUGUAAAGACCAAGGUGGCAAAGUUUUUACUCAACUAUCGUACCACCCCGCAUACAACCACUGGAGUGGCACCAGCGCAACUAUUAAUGGGGCGAAGGCUGACAACAUCCAUAUACAGGCUGUUCCCGGAUGUGUCAAGGAAAGUGGUCCAAACACAGUUACAACAGAAGAAUUACCAUGAUCAGCAUGUUACAUACCGUCCAUUUCAGGUACAAGACAGAGUAUUUAUCAGGAACUAUGCAAAUGGCCCAAUUUGGGUACCUGGGGUGAUAUUAGCCGUCACGGGUCCACUGUCUUAUGAGUGUCAAUUAGUCGAUGGACGUCGAGUACGCCGACACCAAGAUCAGUUGCGGAAGAGGGAGGUAGAGGUAACACCUCCAGUAGUUAGGGAAGGACUGAGUUGUGGUGAAGGACUACCAGAGACGGUGGACAGUUUUCAGAAGGCACCAGACCCUGUGGUUGCUGGUGGUCCUUUCGACCUAACACUAGAGGAUUCUCUAGUUACACCAGAAGAGCCAGUGAUCUAG